CAUUAAACCGGCAUUGUGAAGUUUGACAUUUGACAAUAAAUAGCAGUGCAAAUUUUAAUGCAGUAUCAGUCUCAGGCCACCGUCGAGAAGAUAACUUGCAUCAUGUUCAUUAAAACGUUGUUCGUCUGCGCCGUCGCCGCCGUAGCCAUGGGCAUCGAGUACCCGCCCGGCGUUGACCCCGUGCUUUGCCCGAACUACCCGUACUGCGACAUGGGAUUAUUGGCGCGCUUCAAGACCCUGCCCUACCCCAUCCCUGACUACGAGAUCCCGUUUGCCCGGAUGGUGUAUGCUGCCCCUUAUCCUAUUGCUGCCCCUAUUCCUGUUCCUGCCCCUAUUCCUGUCGCUGCCCCUGUUGCUGCUCCUAUUACUGAAGAACCCGCAACCCUGCCCACCGCUCCGCUGUACCCAGCCGACGUCGACCCCGCUUCGUGCCCGAACUAUCCAUACUGCGCGUAAUUCUACUA